ACUAUUUCUCUCGUUUUCUCGUAAUUUUGUUAUUCUUUGAGAGUAAAUGGGAACAUAACAAUAUCAUAUCAUCAUAAAAUCAAUACAAUGGCAUCACUAUGUAUGAACUCCACAGUACCACUCUCACCAUCUUCUCAUCCUCGUAACAACACCACUCUUUCUUCUUCUUCUUCUUUGCUUGUUGAUAACAACAACAAUAUUCAUAGUAAUAGCCUUAAAACAACAUCAAGUAAUUUGAAACCUAUUGUUGUUAUUGGUCACCCUCCUACUUUUGUUUCUGCUCCUGGUCGCACUAUUCUCGCUGUUGGAGAUUUACAUGGAGAUCUUAAGCAAGCUAGAUAUGCACUUGAAAUGGCUGGUGUGUUGAGCUCUGAUGGUCAAGACUUGUGGACUGGUGGCGAAAAUGUGUUGAUUCAACUUGGAGAUAUAUUAGAUCGAGGUGAAGAUGAAAUUGCUAUCUUGUCCUUGCUGCGAUCAUUGGAUAAACAAGCGAAAUCAAAAGGUGGAGCUGUGUUUCAGGUAAAUGGAAACCAUGAAACCAUGAAUGUGGAAGGGGAUUUCAGAUAUGUUGAUUCUGGAGGAUUUGACGAGUGUAGUGAUUUUGUGGAAUAUAUCAAUAAUUCUGAAGAUGACUGGGAAGAAACAUUUACUGGUUGGGUUGAUGUAUCUGAGACAUGGAAAGAAGAUCGAACAAAGUCAAGAAGUCAUUGGGGACCUUGGAAUUUAGUGAAGAGACAAAAAGGAGUCAUUGCCCGAUCAAUCCUCUUUCGGCCUGGUGGGCCACUGGCAUGUGAGCUUGCAAGGCAUGGUGUUGCACUCAAGGUUAAUGACUGGGUCUUCUGUCAUGGCGGCCUUCUUCCUCACCAUGUUGCAUAUGGUUUGGAGCGGAUGAACAAAGAAGUGUCUGAGUGGAUGAGAGAUCCAAGUGAGAAUGACAGUACUAUCCAAAUCCCUUUCAUUGCCACUAGGGGUUAUGACAGUGUUGUUUGGAAUCGGUUAUACUCAAGAGACUCACCAGAUUUGAUGGAUUAUGAGGCUAAACAGGUAUGUUCCGUUCUUGAAGAAACGCUGCAAGCAGUUGAUGCUAAGGCAAUGGUGGUUGGACAUACUCCUCAAACUAUUGGGGUAAAUUGUAAAUACAACUGUAGCAUAUGGCGUGUAGAUGUUGGAAUGUCCAGCGGAGUCCUUAAUUCAAGACCAGAGGUUCUAGAAAUUAUAGACGAUAAAGCCAGAGUUAUAAGGAGCAAAACGGACAGAUACAGUGAACUUCAGGCGGCUGCAUAUACUUGAAAGACAAGCAAAUGAUGUAACAGGCAUACAGGAGUAAAGAGCAACAUCGGCAAAUUAUUGGAUAGCCGUCGACUUAUUCUAUGGUCACUUAGUUGUUUGCUUCACAUGCAACUUGUGAAGACUCCAGCAGCAGACCCAUUUUAGCGGUUCAAAUGAUUUUGUAUCAUAUCAUUUGUGAUACAAUUUGAAGACAGGUAUAUUUUAUAAGUUAGAUGUAGCCUGUGAAUGACAUGAAAGUUGAAAGCAAGGUGAAAAUAGGAUGCACUGGAAUAAAGACGGGAAAAUAGGUAAGAUGGGGAGGGUAAAUAAUAAAAAUACUAUACUAUGUCAAUUAUAUUAUUACAAUUAUAUUGACUAGUACCUAAAUUGCUCCAUUGUUUUUUUUUGCUUCUUAUAAACUUCACUUGCUUGCAUCAAAUAUGGCUUCUGUAGUAACACCCCAA